GUCGUCCAGUAGGACGUGACUCGGUGGCGCGAUGCGUCUGCAAUUUGAUAAUGUAGUUUCAAAGAGCAACGCUCUCCACCUUCAAGAGUAGUUACAUGCAACAUAAAGAGCAACGCACAUCACAUUUCUAGGAUAUUUAACAACUCAUUACAUAAUGUUGAAGGAAGCAGAAACUAUAAAUCAUCCGUAUUGGCCACGCAACCUGUCCAUUCCCAACUAUGUGGAAAAUGACCGUUCAAUGUCAGAGAUUCUCAUAUUUUUGUUCUCUGUGUCCGGGAUACUGCUGCUUGCCACCUGGUCACUGACUGGGCGUAAGGUGUCUGGAAACAGGCUUAGUGGAGGAAGAAGGUUAGCUCUGUGCUGGUUCAUUGUGUGUGGCUUCAUUCAUGGGGUCAUUGAGGGAUGGUUCUCUUUAUACUACCACAUCAUUCCUGAAGACCAGAGUUUUCUUUCUCAACUGUGGAAAGAAUAUUCUAAAGGAGACAGCAGAUAUGCAAUAGCGGAUAAUUUCACCGUUAGCAUGGAGACAGUGACUGCGUGCCUGUGGGGUCCUUUCAGCAUAUGGAUUGUUGUGGCCUUCCUAUCCAAUCAUUCUUACAGAUUCGUCCUGCAACUCAUUGUAUCUCUUGGUCAGCUGUAUGGUGCAGUCCUCUACUUCUUCACUGAGCAUAGAGAUGGAUAUAUUCACAGCGAAUAUGGUCACCCCAUAUACUUCUGGUUCUACUUUGUGUUUAUGAAUACUUUGUGGAUUGUCAUCCCUUUCAUUCUUAUAGUGGACUCAUGGUGUCAGCUAUCUGCCUGUCAAUCCAUACUUGAUAAAACAGCAUCGAAAGGAAAGUCUAAAAGAAGCUAGACCAGGAAAAAAACAAGGGAUAUGAAAAAAGUACUGAAAUACUGUACACAAUAUAUUGAGAUAAUAUAUAUUUUGAAUGUAAUUUUAUAAUACAGUCAUUAAUAGACAAAAAAAUUACAGUUCCAUAAGUCUAAUGUGUCAUAUUCAUUACAGAAAUGAAAAUGUUGAUUAAAUGCUCCAAUAUUGCUCUAGCAGGGGCUGCUUCAUAUUUACCUGAGUGUUUUUAUGACACUGUUGCACUAUAUCAGUUCUCUCUGCUCAGGUGCCUUUUUGUUGUAUGCUGUUAUCAAAUGAUUUUAUCUGAGAUUUUAUUAAAUGUUCCACCCCUUUUAUAACUGUCGCCUGGCUGUUUUAUCACAUUUCAAAAGACACACGCAAUGAGACAAUAAAAGCGAGCUUAAUCCUUUCA